AUGAGCCAGCUCCGGACCAGAAAGGCUGGGCUGGUGGCGUGCGGCACCAUCUGCGCCUUCAUCUUUCUUUACUUGAGAAACCCGGGUCCUGAGGAGGCUGAGGACACACCCACUGACCCGGCUGUGGUGGACUGCGGUUUCUACCCAGAUGAACUGUGCUUGGCUUUAUUUGACGGGAAGAAGGCGGCCCCCCAAAUCGCACAGUUCUGCAGACCCCCUCCGAACUCUGAAGUACCUGCUCAUCUGCGCACACCUGGAAACUGCUCCAGGAUGGCUCGGGGGCUGCAUUUCAUAACUAGACCCCUGUCUGCAGAAGAGCGGAACUUCUCUUUGGCGUAUGUUAUACAUGCUCAUAAGGAGCUAGCCAUGUUUGUGCGGCUUCUCAGAGCAAUUUAUGCACCUCAGAAUGUCUACUGUAUCCACAUUGAUGAAAAGGCUCCAAAGAGGUUUAAGAGUGCCGUGCGCACCUUUGUGGACUGCUUUGGAAAUGUCUUUCUUUCAUCAAAGACACAGAAGAUGGUUCAUGACAACCUCAGGAGGCUGCAGGCAGAGAUUGACUGCAUGAGGGACCUGGUCCACUCCCCAUUUCAAUGGCGCUAUGUCAUGAAUCUCUGUGGACAGGAAUUCCCUAUCAAAACCAACAAAGAAAUCAUCCGCUACAUCAGAACUAGGUGGAAGGGUAAAAACAUCACUCCUGGGGUGAUCCCACCCCUAAACACCAAACCCAAGACUGUCCAAAGCUCCUCAAAGCCCAGCCCCAAUGAAAAUAGCUACACAUCUCCAAAUCCAAUGUUCAAACAAAAACCACCCCACAAUCUAACAAUUUACUCUGGAAGCGCUCACUACGCACUUACAAGAAAGUUUGUAGAGUUCAUCCUAACUGAUCCCCGUGCAAGAGACAUGCUGCAGUGGUCCAAAGACAUCCACAGCCCAGAGCAGCAUUACUGGGUGACCCUGAACCGACUGAAAGAUGCUCCAGGUGCCACACCAGAUGCUGGAUGGGAAGGACACAUUCGAGCCACAAAGCAGAGAACAGAGACAGGAGAUGAUCACACGGGCUGCACAGGCCAUGAUACCCAGGCCAGCUGUGUGUUCGGCCUGGGAGACCUACCUCGGCUCAUCCAGCUGCCAGCUUUCUUUGCCACGCUGGGGCCCUCUGCAGACCCACUGGUGGGGGUGUGCCUUGAGAGGCGGCACCGACUCAAAGCCCUCCAGCAGGCCGAGGUGACCCCAGAGCCACACUGGCAAUUCCCCCAGGAAAGCCACUUCAACAGUCACCCUCAGCACUAA